AUGAAUUCCUUUGAAUUCAGGAAAAAAAUACAUUCUAAAUAUAUUAUUACUUUAAUAUUUAGCCUAGGCUUUUUUAUUCGAAUUAUUUUACUAAGAAAUAAAAAUCUUGUAUCUUUAUUAAGCAAUCGUGUUGAAAUAGCUACUGCAGUAACAAGUUAUAAACGACUUAAAGAAGGUCUUUUUCUUUAUGAACAUGGAAUUUCUCCAUAUAGUGGAGGUUUAUUUCAUCAAGCACCUUUAUUACUUGUAUUAUUUUCAAUAAUUAAACUUAUUUCUAAUUCAGAAACACUUGUCUCAUUGCUUUUUGCACUUACAGACAUAUUUUCUGCAUGGUCUCUUUUGGAUUUAUCAGACUCUAUGUUUUCCAAAAAUUCUUCUUCAAAUCUUUGGAAAAAGUAUAUUUCUGUUUCCUUAUUCCUUUUUAAUCCUUAUUCUAUUAUUUCUUGUGUCGGAAUGUCAACUGCUAUUUUUACGAAUUGUUUUAUAUUAACUAGCCUUUCUUAUGUACAACGCAGAAAAUCUAUACAAUCUAUUUUUUUUUUGGCUUUAGCAACUUAUUUAAGUUUCUAUCCUGUGGUUUUAUUUCCACCAUUAAUACUUAUACUUCAAAAAAAUGAUCUUAAAAAAAAAGACUCUAUUUCCAAAAAUAUUAUACUAUUUCUUAUAGAAUUAUCAUUAUUAUUGUUAUUGAGUUUUAUUAUAACUAAUUCAUGGGAUUUCUUAUCUGCAACAUAUGGGGCCAUAUUAUUUGUAUCUGAUCUCACACCUAAUAUUGGACUUUGGUGGUAUUUUUUUACAGAAAUAUUCGAUUCAUUUAGACUGUUUUUUAUUUUUGUUUUUCAAUUGCACAUAUUCGUUUAUAUAAUACCGCUAUGCAUACGAUUAAGAAAAUAUCCUUUUUUUAUAAUUAUCAUAUUGUGUGGAUUAAUGUCUAUUCUUAAAUCAUAUCCAUCAAUUGCAGAUGUAGUGUUAUUUAUGUCAUUAUUUCCGUUUCUUCACUCAAUUUAUUCAUAUAUGCGUCAUAUUUUUGUAACAACAAUUUGUUUUCUUUAUUGUACUUUUCUUGGACCUGCCUUUUAUUAUCUUUGGACAUAUAUCGGCUCUGGAAAUGCAAACUUUUUUUAUAGCAUCACACUCGUUUGGAAUUUCAAUUUAAGCAUUAUUAUAACUGAUAUAGUCUUUGCAAUAUUAAAAAUGGAAAUGGAAAUAGAAAGGCCUGACAUGAAAGGAAUUGACGUUAUUCAAGUAAAUUAUUAA